UCAUGUAGUGACUAUCUCAUCAUGUCUUUUAUAUCAUAUCAUGUUUUUCUGUUAUGUUAUCUUUUCUAUAGUAUCUUACAUAUCUUUCUCGGUUAUAUAGACACAGGCUUGUAUUUGUAUGACGUGUACUUUUGAUUUCUCAAUAAACCAUUUGAAAAUACUAGUCAACAUUCAAACAAGUUAGGUGGAUCCUAACAAAAUUUCCUCGUGUCUUUUCAUUUUUCUUCUUUAGAUUGCUCCAUCUCGGAAAAGUUCUCUUCUUACAUCAAUUGAUUAUAUAAAAAAUCCUGUUAAAAUGGGUCGGCGUAUAUAUGAAUAUAUACAUGGAAUGACAUUGCUUAUUCAGUCUAAAAUGUCAAACGCUGACUCUGAAGUUUUGUAUCACUCAGAGACAUGGGAAUUGAUGCUCAGACGUUGGCGUAAAUUAGAAAAAGAUUUUUAUGAUCAAGAUAAAGACUGUUUUAAUAUUAAUAAGAUACCUGAUAUAUAUGAUUGUAUUAAAUAUGAUUUAUUACAUAAUAAAAAUGUAUUGCAAUUUGCGCAUGCUGAAGAUUUAUAUGUUUGUAUUAAAGCAUUAGCUGAUAUUGUCGUACCACAAGAAUAUGGUAUAACAAUUGAAGAAAAAUUAAAUAUUGCACGUGGUAUUAUUACACCGUUAUUACGACAGAUUGGUACUGAUUUACAAGGAAAUUUAACUGGUUAUUGGGAA